AGCUUUGGACAGCAUUACAUAUCUGACAUUUCUGUCUCACACACACCAACAACUCUGCUCUCAUCUGAAAGAGAAGACGAGAAGAAGGGGAGUGAAGAGAUCAUUCAGUUGACUCCACAACAAGCUGCCAAAGUCCAUUUUUUCAUCUCAAAGAACAAAGUCAAGCUGUAAUUUAAUUGACAUUUGAUUUGCAUCCUGGUUCUUUGUGACUGAACUCAUUCCUCCUCGCUGGAUCCUGUUCGGUCCAGUCAGGCUCCUCUCCAUUCCAGCAAGCCAAACUAUCUCUUGUCAUAUCCAGCCAAUCCCAGUGUGACCACUCUGCCGUCUCCAUGGAGCGUGUUCAACAUAUGACCAAGUCCGCCAUCCGCCGGGCAUCUCAGAUCGAAGUCACUCCACAAGCUAAGAGGAACCUGCAGGAGCUCUUCGUCAACUUCACGCUCAUUCUCAUCUGUCUGUUGCUCAUAUACAUCAUCGUCCUGCUGAGCAGCUGAAUGAGCAGGCCUCACCCAUGGCUAUUUGAGAUUGGGCAUUUUGGGCAAAUGAGUGCACAUACAGUGACUAGUGACGUGACCACAUGUCAAGUCAAUCAGCAUCAUCAAAGUUUGACUUAUUGUACAUCAUAAAUGCAAAAGCUUUGCAGCACUGGAAUGUACACCGUUGCCAAGGUCCAAAAUGCCUUAUUUCCAAAUGCUUCAAAAUCUGUUACAUUUGAAGAAUCCACUCAAAAAUUACAUUUUUUUGAGGACAGGCUCAGGUUUUUUUUAACUGGGUUUCAUGAAAAUUGUUUAAUCAGUAAAAUACUUCUCUGAACUUACAAAAAAUGUGACACAUUAUGUGUGUCCAUCACAAAAUCAUGUUCUUAUGAAGUCAGGGUCAAACAUUUCAGCAAAAUGACUGAAACUUCAUUUGUUGUCAACAAUACAAUGAAUAAAUGUGGGCAAAAACAUCUUUGCUUGGGGAGGAUGCAAAACUUAACAUGAUAAAGAAAUCUUUGGAAGUAAGGCUAAGCUAUAAAAUAUAAUAACGUACGAUCUGGUCCUUGGUUCUGGGAAGAAUUGAGUAUAUUUUGAUGGUGAUUGGCAUCUGCCUUAAAAUUUCCUCUUCUCUCACUAACACACUUCUCACACUUUCUUUAUUUGAGUAUGCCUAAUGAAAUCACAAAUAUUUGCAGAUAUCCUACU